UAACAAAACGGUCCACGUGCAGUGCCUUGCUGUCCAUCUAGAAUGAUUCCUGAGACUAGAGUGGCGUGCCCGGUGACGGUGAGAGAGUGCGUCCUGGGGACCCGCUGGCUGACGGCUGCGCUCACGGUGCUGCUGCUGCUGUUCUCCACGACGGUCACCUGUGUACACAGUACCACAGUGGAGCACGACUUUCAUAUCGUCCACAAUGUCGACAAUAGAAGUCCAGAGAUAGAUCCAUUGUGGUACGUGGGGCGUGGGGUGAGGCCCAUCGGGCGCUUUGGGAAGAGGCAGAGCAGAGGAGGGGGCAGCGGUGGGCUCAGACACCCUGAAUAUGUGAUAAACACCCUGGAGCUUCUCCUCAACACCAUCAGGAACCAGGAGAGCCUCGGGAAGACACUGGGCGGGGAGGACGCCGACUGGUUACCGUGACAACAUGCUCUCCACCCACCGUCUGUGUCUGUGAAUGUGUCUUUUCUUUAUUUAAUCAAGGAUUGUCCCCCUUUCUCGGUCUCUUUCUCAUUUUCUUUCUUCCUUCCUGUCUUUCUUCUUCUCAAGGUUCUCUCUCAAGCCUAUGUUUUACUCGAAGGGACCUCUAAACUGGCUGACCCAAAAAAUAAGUUGUAUUCUGUACAUACUGAGAAAUGCAAUCUAUAUUGAUUAAUAAAUGAAGAUGUCU